AUUCGUCAAGUUGUUGUCAGUGUCAAAAGUGGUUUUUUUUGGUGUGGGAAGAGAUUGCAGAGAGAGUGCAAAAUAAAUGCAAAAGAGCAAUUUUGUGAUAAUAAAAUUUAAGAAAAUACAAGAAUUUCUCCACCCUUUGACAAAGUGAUCAGUAUACGACAAUGUCUCAAGCAUCAAAUGCUCCUGUUCCGGCCGAAUACUACGAUGAGGAUUAUGAUGAACUCUUUGACUGUGUCUCGAACAAUGAGUCGGACUACGAGGAUACCCUGGAGAGUUCUGUGAUGAAAACGAGGAGGAACCUCAAGAUAACUAUUGUUCCGGACAAGACUCAUACGGCUGGGCUCGAUGGGAAACCAUUCGAUGCCACCCUGCCGCCUGAAGUUCAGGCAUGGUUCGACCAAUUCAAGCAAAUUUGGAAUCAAUACAAGAAGGGUCCAGUUGUGGCUAAAUCCCUUGAAUUGUUCUACUCAAGCUGCGAUAAUCCUUUCCUAAUGAGCUUAAAGCUUUUUGCUGACUGCCCAAAUUUAUCAAAUAUUAAACCAAAUAGUAUGGCGUAUGCUAUUCUGGAAGAGCUUCAAAAGUACAAAAAGAGCACCAAUGCGAAUGUUUCAAAGUACGUAGAUGACAAUCUGAAGAUGGUGACGUUUAAUUUGGUGAAGGGUCAGGGGCAGUUGAAUCUCUUCAGAGUGGCCAAAGAGACGUUCAAUCUCGUAGAGAGUAAGAAUUUAUUUGUGGAGGAAGUGCGUGAGAUGACGCGACAGAGACAGUACAAGGAGGCGUGCCAAAUAGCCACGGAGUUGGAGUUAUUUAAUGAAUUUGAUUUAUUUGAGUUAGUCAUGCCGCUUUUGCUGCAGGACAAAAUAACUGUGGUUGAAGAGUAUCUCAAUGGGGCUGUGCAUCUACGGCAACCCCUUGUGGAGUUGCUGGAUACAUUUUUGGACAGGAAACAGUCGGUGUUAAACAAUUGUGACUGGGUGAUCGCAAAGUACAAUUAUCCUGAUAUUCGGUACAAUAAGUUGGAUACAAAACCACUUACAAAACUCAUCCAGAGACUGGCCAAAAUGUAUGAAUUGCCCAAGGAGUUGACGCCAAAUAUGAACAAAAGGCAUAGCUACGGGGCACUGCAGUUCCUAAUCCAUAAGCGUUUCGUCGAAAAGAGCUUGAAUAAGGAUUCGUGGCAGGAGAUGGUGAAGGUGACAGUACCAGUUGACUCUUCUGAUCUGCAGCUGGAACUCGUGAAUGCGUGUUCAGAUUUUGGAGAUACAUCCGAUGGUGCAAUGUGGGCGAAACACUUUAGCAUUCCUCACUCUGAUCUUCCUUUGGAUGUGCGUGAAUUUGUUGAGGGAAAACCACCGACGUACACUCGGUAUUCGUGUCAAGAAGACUGGGAUGAGGAGGAUCAGGGUCGUGGGGUGUCAUUUCAUAGGCUGCGCAAAGAGACUAAGAUUCAUCUCGUGACAACACGCCCAGAAUUCAGUGAGAUGAUGGAUCAUCUGCGUGGACAGAGUGUGGUGGGUUUCGAUACGGAGUGGAAGCCAACAUUCCAUGCCAACAAUGAUGUAGCACUCAUUCAACUGGCGACGCGUGAAAGAGUCUACCUGAUCGAUGUGAUUUGCCUGAGAGUACAAAAUGAGGACUGGGCACGUCUUGGACGAUAUAUUUUCAACAAUGAUGAAAUCCUCAAAUUGGGCUUCUCUCCCACCACGGACAUUUCCAUCCUCCAGAAAUCACUGCCAGUCCUCAAUCUUUUGCCUGUAGCUUCAUUAGCUGCUGGGUAUUUGGAUUUGCAAGAAUUGCGUCGUCGUGUUGUUCUUCUGCCCAAAUUCCGCUUCCCAUUUAGUCCGAAUGACAAGCAUUCUGGGCAGAUUCCUCCGGGUGAGAAUCUCAGUAAUUUGGUGUAUUUGUGUUUGGGUAGAAAACUGGACAAAUCCAAUCAGUUCAGCAAUUGGGAGAAGAGGCCAUUGCGUCAAGAUCAAAUAAACUAUGCAGCUCUCGAUGCAUUCUGCCUCCUUGAGGUCUACGACGUGAUUGAGAGAAUCCUCACGCGACUGGGAUAUGACUUUGGUGAAUUCAUAAACAAUUUCCUCACGGAGGUUCGUGGACGGCGCUCAAAUGCCGCCCGCAAGUCACAGUAAAAAAAACAGAGAGAUCUCAUGUUGACAAGAUAAAAAAAAAUUGUGUUCACGUCGCGCCGUUCAUUGAACAUUCAUGGUUCAGAAGAUGGAGUACAGAAGAAGAUUGAAGAAACAUUUGAAGAAAAAAAAAAACAUGAAUGAGAUGCGGAAGACGAUACUGGGAAGAUAAAACAAAAUUGGGAAUUUUGCCAAUACAUGUUCAUAUUAGCCACCAUUAAGUGUGGCGUAUUUUUGAAAAAUUGAUUUUUUUUGUAGCUGCAUAAUAACAUUGAGAUAUUAUGUAGUUAGACAGAAAUCUUUGUGUAAAAUGAUAAAUUAAAUUACACAGAAAUAUUGAA